AUGGAUUUUCCGCUACCCGCACUUCUUGCAAUAGAGGACUACGACGAAAAUGAGGUAAGAGCCCUUUAGCUGGUGAAAAAAAGAAGCAAAAAUCGCACUUUUGGUCGUACGAGAAACUUUUUUGAGGCGCAUUCUAGCAUUUCUGUCAGACGCCAUGCAUUUUUAGUAGAGAGGGAUGGAAUAGGAAAUGAAACAUCAUCACAAGUGCGCCAGCUCUUGCCAGGAAAUGAGAAAAGAGUAAUCAAGAGGAAAUGUUCAGGGUAAACUGGCUGCUUCGAUUCGAUGGUUGAUUUCACGGGUUUACGAGGAGAAGCGAGAUAUGCCGGAUAAACUGAGAGAUGGUGUGCAGCGGGAUGAUAACGUGAGUUUUUAGUUUUACACCCACAACCACUAAAACAUGCUCAAUUAUUCCAGGGUCAUUUCCAAAUCAGCGAAGCGGUUCUCGGUGCUCUCUGCAAUGGCUCGUUGUAUGCACAAGCUGCUGCUAAGAUAUUCAAAGAGUCGGCGCUCGUCACGGUGAGUUCGCAGCACACGCGAUGCCCCAUUUUACGAGUGUUCCGUCGUUCAGAAAGGACACGGAGCAGUUCUGGCCGUGCUCACCGAUUACGGAAUUGACGUACUUCACGAGGGAAACGAACCGGUGGAGGAGACGCAGCUGGCCGCUGUCGCUCCAUUCAAUAUGGUCAGUUCAUGAAAAUUUCACUUUGUUUUUGUCAUUGUCAAAACAAAACAACGGGAAGCUAAAUGGGCAACGACAGAAUUCGGAAGUACUGUUUUUCAGUCGGCUCAUCUCGCAAUUAUCGAUUCGUUAAUGAUGGCACACCUUCGAGAUGUGAUUCCAGUUAGCCGAGUGGUUGAGGCAGUGAGGUACGAUUUCGGGUUUUCGGUCAAAAGCACGACAUUCCAGAACAUUAAUAGAAACAAUGUGUCGGAAACAGUAAAGUUAGAAUCAAUAGAAUAAUGACCAAAUUUGCAACAGACAGGCUCGUGUAUUUAGGACAAAAUAACUUGUGCUGUGAAUUUUCCAAAAUUCCUACACCAACUUGUCGAUAAAACCGGCCCGGUCCGGAAAAGUUUCUGCCCACAACAUCCAUCUGUUUUUCAGCCGUCAUACAGCUGUGGAGGCGAGUGAGAAACCAAUCGAUAGUGUCGACGCUCUUCUCUUCUGGAUCAACAAGAUUUGUCUUCUGGUCCGAGAUGAUGUGGAACGAACGGAUCCGGACAUUAACAUUCCGGAAAUGGAAGAUUUGUACGAGGAUAUUUCCGACGGACAGUGUCUGUGUGCACUGCUUCAUUGGUAUCGGUCGCAGGAGAUGCCAAUUGCCGGUGAGAACGGUUAGGGAUCAUCCAUACAAGACUGUGCUUUUUUUCAGAUAUAUCGUUCAAUGAAGCAGCAACAACCCGUGACUGCCAGUACAACCUUAUGUUGCUCCAGUGAGUCUUCUGCUCUCUGUUCUCUUCCCGAUACAAUUGCCAACCAUCAAAAAACACUCGCAUUUCAGACAAUUCUGCCAUCAUCACCUUCCGAACGACCCUUUCCACUUCGAGAUCGAAGACCUACUCUACUUGCGUGACUCACUUCAAAUGAAUGUGAAUGCAUUCCUUGCUGACCUCUUCGUCCAAUUUGAACCGCCAGUUACACCAGAACCAGGUAAUUAUGAUUUUCGCGAUUUUCGCACAAAAAUAGGUGUGGCACAGCAAUUUUUGUUUCGUCUUCCUCCUCAUUCCAAAUGAUUUUUCUAGUGGAAACACCGCGUGUCGGGCCGUCUCCUCGGCGAUUCGUUCCGGCGUCUGCAAUUCCGGAUCUGAGAGCUGCAAAUGCUGCUGCUCGCUCGUCCAUUCAUAAUCGCAACCGGCCGAGGAUGUUCAACCCACCGCCAGCUGCGCCUCAAUCCCAAGGACCGUCGAGAUCGGUCAGUCGGAUGAGUCAGGACAGUCUGUUUUAUUCUCGACCCGCAUCAAUUGCAUUGCAACGGAGAAGUAUGGACCAGGACUCGGUGACUGACUUCCAGACUAUACGACAGGUACAUUUCAUUUCGGAAGCCGUAGAAAUGCGACAUGUUUCAGAGUUUUGAAAACCAAGCCGGAACCGCUCAACUCAAUCGGUACGACGGAAGUGCAACUGCAUCGGUUCGGUUGGCAAUGGAAGAGAAACGGAGGAAGCACGACCAACAGAUGGCCCAGCAAAAGUGAGCUCAUUCGUUUAUUUCUGACAUUCACCAGUACAUAGGGAGUGCCUUUUAUGGUUUUUAGAACAAGUGCGCAUUCGUUUCACUCUUCACCGCAUUUCCAAUUAAUUUCAGUUCUGCAAACGAAACGGAGCGAUUAGAAAAGAGCAAGGCCGCGUUUUUUGCUCUCCGGAAGAAUGAGAACGAGCAGCCGAAGAAAGAAGAGUGGUACGAUCACUUUGAGGCCAAGCUGCGUGCUCUGGAGCUGAGAGUUGGGAUGGAGGACGGAGAGGAUGGAACGCAGUCGGCGAGACUGAACAGAGCAUCAUCGCAACCGAGCGUGGUACAAGGUCAGUUCCGUUUGAAGUUCCAAUAUCCUUUAAAAAUUAGCUUUUUUCAGCUGGUCAGCCAUAUCCCGCCAACUACAUGACUCUGCCGAUGAACGCAGCUGCGCAAAUGACCCAAUCCUAUAUCCAACACCCGCAGACCCCACACGACUAUUACAUGCAGCAACAAUUGCAACAUCAGCAGCAACAGCAACAGCAGCAACAAGCUCAGGCUCAGAGCAACUAUGCAAGCCCGUCUCAGGUCAAUAUUUUGAUUGCGAUUCCAACAGACUUGUCGAAAAUCGGUCCGGAAAUUUUUUUGGCAAAAAUAAUCGAUUUUCAGAUUUUUUACUCGGAAACUCAUUUCUUUCGCUGAGAUUAGCCAUUACUAGCCACAAGACAUAAUUUGAAAGUCUAACUCGCAAAAGAUACGAUUUUCCGAAAAAAAUUGUCUCAGAAAUUAUGAUUCCAAAUUUUUGUACUAAAAUCGGAGCUGGUCCGACACGCGACAAGUCUGGAUUUCAAUACAUUGACCAGAAAUCUAUUGCAUUGCACUUUUCACAUCAAAGCUGUCAGUUUUUCAGUUGCGGAACAGCUUGAGCAACGGAAUGAUAAACCACGCGGGUUACAUGGUGCAGUCCAUGUACCCAGGGGAUUAUCAGCAACAGCAGCAGCAGCAGCUCAUGCAGAUGCAACAAGGACAAAUGCCCGUUCAGCCAGUCGGGGCCUAUACGCCUGAAGGAUAUUUCAUUCCGCAUCAUAUGCAACCGAUUCCUGUUCAACAAGGAUUUCCUCAGCAGGUAUUCUUUUUUGAAAACUAGCGGGGUCCCCAAGAAAUCCGAUAGUCUGAAAUUGAGAUUGACAGCGUGAGAGCAUGAACUUCAAUUAUCCCGGGUUUCUGCUCUCCACAAACUAAUUUUGUUGCAGAUGCAACAAUCAGGCAUGGGCUUCAACGGAAUGGCUGGCAACCCACCGCCGUACAACAUGGAGAGCUCCCCGGCGCCAAUGAGCUAUAUUCAAACGGCCAAUAAGCCAAUGGAGAUGGAAAUGUCAAUUCAACAGCAGCAACAACAACCGCUGGCGCUCCAGCAUCAGCAGCAGAUGGCCCCUCCGAAUCACAAUGCGUUCCAUCUGCAUUCGAAGAGUGACGACGUUAGUGUCGACAAACAGAUGAGAAAGAAACGAGCCAAGAAACUCAAUUUUGCAGGCGACACAGAUGCAAGCCGACCCGCCGCUGGAGAUCAACAGGAAUUUAACCAACUGGGGCAUGACGUACAAGCAGGAGAUGCCGGCGAGGUCGAUUCCGUCGAGGAGAACGUGGCAGAAUGAGACGUUCAUCAAGAACGAGCUGGAUUUGGUGAAUAGCAAGGAAUCCGUUCCGCACAUCACGGACGAGGUGAGCUUUUUUCAGUGAGAAUUGGGUAGAUCGUGUGUAUAAACAGUUUUUCCACUUUUGAGUGCUGAGUCACUUCUUGACAUGCCAACACUUCCUGAUAAGAACAAGAAAACUCUUAUUUCGAUCAAUAUUGUCGUUAUUUGAGACCACUACACAACCCGAGGAAGCUGCUCGACGAUUCCCGGACCUGAUGAUGGAUAAUCACUCGGAGAAUCUUGCUCCAGGUAAUUUCUAAAUCCUAACCGCUCACGUUUCCUUUUUACAGUUUCAGGCCGCGUAUACAGCCGUCUUAGCGACCGUGACGACAUCUCGAUUGGCAGAAAGUCUGACGACAGCCCAACUGACACUCCCGGACGCACUUUUGGCGACGACGACAGUUCCGGAGAGAAUUUGGAGAAAAUUGUGGGUGAUUUUAAGUGCAAUCUUAAAUGAAUUUACGAAUUUCCAGGCAGCUGAGCGUCGCAUUGCCAAGAAAGCAGCUUUGAUUGCCAAAACGAUGAAGCGAAAGGAGGAGAUCGAGACGAAAGUGGAUAUGGCAGAGCAGAGAAAUGCGGAGAGACGGCAAGUGGAGAACGAGAAGAAAGAACUGGCAUUGAGGAAGAAGGUCGAGAAGGAACAGCAACGGUGAGCACAAAAAACAACUCGAACUGGUGACAAGUGAAUCAUUUCAGACAAAAGAUUCUGGAGGAAUACAAACGGAAGAAGCUGGAGAAAGAGCUUGGCGCGGAACUCUCUGCCAGAUCAACUGGUAGAGGUCACUCUCAGCCACCAUUCGUUCGAACCAAGAGUCAGAUGAGUGAGGUGACCGAAUCGAGGCAGAAUACGCCGAGAAUGAGGGGGCAGUCGUCGGUGGAGCAACGCGUGUCUGUUAGCAGCUUGGCUGAGCCAAGUGAGUGGAAUAUACUUAAAAGAAAAUAUGUUCGGAGUAUACGAAAGAGUUUUUCUUUCAGCUCAUAAGCUAUUCGCCAAAACGGUCACCAAAUCGAACCGCGGACUCAUCAACAACGCUCUGCAGUUCAGUGUUUUCCCAGGCGCGGUGAACAACUCUACAAGACAAGCGGUAAGGACUAAAAAUGAUAAAAUAGCCAGACUUGGAAGAUACCGGACGGGCUUGGCCCGAACAUGCCAGUGUUGUGAUCUAUCGCUCCGAAACAUUUGUACAAUUUUUGGAAACCGUUGUAAAUCUGAGAACAGCUUACCGAACCGUUGACUUUUUGCAGACUAUCACCCAAAUGGCGUCGUCGAGCUGCAAGCACUUCCUCAUUCUGUUCCGAGAUCAGAAGUGUCAAUACAGAGGGCUGUACACUUGGGACGAGGUAGGAAUUGACAAAAGUAAACUGGUUUUCACAUAGUUUUUAGGUUUCCGACACCGCCGUCAAAAUCUCGGGACAAGGCCCGCCGAAAUGCACCGAAACAAUGAUGAACAUGAUGUUCAAGUGAGUUCAUUCCAGUCUAGAAUUUUUCAUCGUCACUUUUUGCAGAUACGACUCGGGCGCCAAGAAUUUCACUCAAAUCGCAACGAAACACUUGUCAGCAACUAUUGAUGGCUUUGCGAUUCUGGAUCAAUACUGGCAGAAGGCUCGAAUUCCUCAUUCCGGAACGCCGGCUCACAAAAAUAAUUGA